CACCUACCAAGCUUGAAGUUGUAGCAGCCAUGCUCGACAUCCUCCGCGAUUAUGCUCAGGCUGCUACAGGAGACAUACACUACCUGGCUUUGCCCAAGGAAACGUUGUUGGUUCACCCCUUCGCAGACACCGUCGUCAUACGCAAUGCCAAGACUCUUAUGCUCAUUCGCGUCUUGGCCUUCUGGGAGGCGUUUCCCGGAACGAGACACUCAAAGGCGUCGAUCACCAGCAUCUCCGUCGACGCCGCCAUGAAGCUAAUAGUAGCCGUUAUGCAAUCGCGGGUUGCAGUCUGGUCUCUGUCUAGCGUGAACGCAGAGAGUGGUACAUGGCGUUUGCACUCAUCCUUAGCCCUGCCAGAGGGCCAGGACGUGCACUCCGUUCACUGCCAAUCCGGCCUCCUUGCUCUGGCGAGCCGGUCAGGACUUUCCGUACACACGCUCAGCUUGGAGAAUGACCUUCCUACGUGGUCGGCGAAGUGGAGAAAUAGAGCUGCUUCUUCCCAAACGAUCGUUCGUCUAUCGCCGUCGCUCUCGUAUAUAGCUUCAGCGUGUUCGGCGGACAACAAGCUUAGACUGCACAACGCGACGUCAGGGCGUUUGCUACAGAUCAUGCCUCAUCCCAGGACCAUUGUGCGGCUGAUAUGGAGAAAGUCGUCACAUUCUGAUAGGCAGGAUCUUAUUCUGUACACGAUCACUCUGGACUCGGUCAUCCGGGUUUUCCUGCCGAUUCUAGAUUCGCCCCAGCGCCUUCAACUUCAUGCUACUAUCGACGUGUAUUCUUCCGUCCCUCUAUCCGGCUUAGACACCGCGGAUGCAACCACAGGUAUACACUCAGGAGUAACAUGGCUGGACCAUACCAUCAUAUCGGAUUCCAUACGAACUGUCCAGAAGACUGUUAGGGGCCAUGCAGGACACGACGAAUCAAGCACGCUCAAGAGACUGCAGGACAUCUUGGAAGAUUCGUGGGAUCUUUUCUUGCGGAUACUGCAGGACCGCUCAGUUAUCGUAACUGCAGUGACAAACCUCGAUAGGAGACCGCCAACCCUACUCCGACAAUUAACACUCAUGCACUCUGGUCCAUCGUUCUAUCAUCGCAUGCCUGCUUCGCCGGAUAUGCUCCUCCUGCCCAACAGUCAGAACCCCGCAGCGCCCAUUCUUGUGCAUAGCUCACCGCUUGCCAGCUACGAAAUUGACCUUCUCUCCUUCUUUGAUGCUCAGCCACGCGGAUUGCGCCAGCAUGGGAUGACCCACAACGAUGGUCCAAAUGCCAAUCAUGCGCAGGACAUCCUCCGGUUCCUUCGCACAUCGGACGGCAGGGGCCUGGCAGUUGUGAAGGAAAGCGGAGGCGAACAUUUCUCGGUUGAUCAACACGGCACCACGAUCACUCGCGUAGGCGAAUGGGCUACCGCGGGCAAUAUUGUCGUCCUGAACCAAGGGAGGUCCAUCGCCGUCCACGUAUCCGAAGCGGCAUCUCUGAUGCUCUACACCGACUCAAAGCUAGUCUGCUCUCUUCGGGAUCUUCCCUCGCUCACUUCCCUGUUCUCACUGCCGCGAGGACAGCAGGACUCCAUAGUAGGCGUUACCUCUGACGCAUCCAUUGUCUUGAUAUACGUAGAUCACACGCCUUCGCCUACUAUGACCUUGCGCCUACAUACCUCUCUGCCUCUGGAUAUCGCGCCGCACAUGAUUCUACCUGUCGAUCCCAUGGCAUGGAGUACUUCAUUCGGCCAGCUUGACGCAAGUCCCGGAAUGGACGGACACGACACUCUCCUGAGCCUCUCCGAAUCCGGCGAGCUGGCCUUCUGGGUCCCGGACGAUGACGUAGCCCACCAAUGGAGAUGCACGGGUCGUGUGAAGACCGGAAGGAAGUGCGUCAGGAUCGCCCGCUGUAGCUCCGCAAAGAAAUCGGUACUUCUCGUUCCUGUAGCGGACGGUGAAGAGAUGACUAUUUGGGACUCCAAAGAGUCUGAGUUUGCUUCCGGUUUGGAGUAUCGAAAGCUGCUGAGGUCUUCGGAACUCGUCAAUGAUCUCGAUUGGACAGCGACACCCGACAAGCAGUCUAUUCUCGCUGUUGGAUUUGCACAGCGCAUCGAGUUUUUGUGCCAACGUCGCAUGACUUACUUUGACGAAGGCUUUGGUUGGGAUAUCUGUUGGAGGAUUGAUCUCAGCAGUGUACUUCCUCAGUCAAUCAGCGAUUCGAUAUGGCUUGCCAACGGUUCUUUCCUCGUGGGCGCAGGUCCCGUGAGUUUGAUUUACAGCCAGUUCGGACGCCGUAAUAUUGCGGGCGGCCAGGAGAGCAGCGAAAGCCUGUUUGAGCAUGUCGCACGACACAAUGGUCCCCUCGAUGAUUAUCACCCGCAGAUGCUACUACAAUGCUUAUUAUGGGACAGAGUACAGUUGGUUAAAGAGACCAUAGUCCGGCUUGCCAGGUACCUCGCUUGGGCAACCGUAGAGGAUAAGUCUCAAAUGAUCGGGUGGCAAAAUCACCCUAUAGAUCGCUACUUCGAGGACGAUGCCUACCAUGGCCAGAACACCACACGGCGUACAGCUCAGUAUUCCACCCUCUUUGCUGCGACGGACUCGUCUGACCCCGAGGAUGAUAAUCGAUUCUCGCCCUCACUAGUAGAGAGACUGGUCAAGCAGCUUGAAUUAGAGCCCUUGCCUCACUUAUCAUCGAUCGAGCACGCACACUUACUGAGCCUGAUUGAAACUACUCUAGAGGUAGACGAACAACGACGUGCGCUCGAUGCAAACGGACUACGGUACCUCAUUUCCAUGCGAUCCUUCUAUAUCUUGAACAGCCGCGCCUCUUCUGAGAGGACGUCCAAAGCAAGGGGAAAACCAGCCCGAAGGGCUAGACUGCGAUAUCGCGAUAUAGUAUGGGCUUUUCAUAGCGAAAGCCAGGAAAUCCUCCUUUCAGCGUCUAUUGCCGCAUGCGAGGACAAAAAGAUGAACUGGGCUGAUGCUAGAGCGUUGGGGGUGUUCAUGUGGCUCACCUCUACCGAAGCUAUGCGAUCACAUAUGGAGGCAGUUGCGCGCAACCAAUACAUGGCUGGCGAUGCUCGCGACCCUACGGCAUGCUCUCUCCUUUACUUCGCCUUGGGGAAAGUCAAGCUCGUGCACGGACUAUGGCGACAAGCCGCAUGGCACAAAGAACAACAGAUGAUGUUGAAAUUCCUUGCGAAUGAUUUCACGCAAGACAGGUGGAGGACGGCAGCGUUGAAGAAUGCGUACGCGCUGCUGAGUAAACAGAGGUUUGAGUAUGCAGCGGCGUUCUUUCUUCUCGGCGGUGGCCUGAAGGAAGCCACCAAUAUAUGUGUUCGAUAUCUACAAGACUUUCAACUUGCAGUUGCUCUAGCACGCGUCGUCGAGGGUGAUAGUGGAAUCGUCUUGAAGGAGAUCUUGGAGCAAACAAUCGUACCAAUCGCCUUCGAAGAAGGUAAUCGAUGGUUGGGUAGUUGGGCGUUCUGGCUUCUGCGCCGCAGAGAUGUCGCUGUUCGCAUACUCGUGACGCCUCUGGACGAACUCGCACUGUCUCUCAGUCUUCCCGUGCGGGAAGUCGGAAACCCUCAUUAUGAUGACCCAAGUUUAUCUCUGCUGUUCUCACAACUCCGAAUGAAGACGCUGCAAACAGCUAAAGGAACCAGUGAGAUAUCAGGGCGCACGGAGUUCAACUUCGUGCUGCAGACAGCGCGCGUGUUCUGCAGGAUGGGGUGUCAUUCCCUGGCACUUAGCCUAGUACGAAGCUGGCCAUUUUUACGCGCAGAAAGACCACGCGCGGAGGCAUUGCCGACAACUGCUGCCGCUGCACGAUCCAUCUUCGCGCGCCAAGGUUCGGUCUUGAUCGACAUGGUCCCGCCAACAAUGCCACCCACCCGAGCAACCUCACCAAUUCGCCAUCCAGCGUUGUCGGCGGAUGGGGAUGCUGGGGGAAAGGAACGCGAUGGUGUGCAAGCCACCAUGGGAGGCUUGUUCAAGAGCGCCAAACACGACAUCCAGGUCCCGGAGUUCGAUAUGAGCUCGUUCAAUUUCUAG